UGUAAACAUGACUCCAGCCAGUAGGUGGCGGUAGUGCACAGUCACGUAGCCCGCGAACCGUGGGUCAAAAUCAAAGAAGAAACACUGUCACUUGACUGAACCUCCAUAGACUGAACGUGUGGAGAAGUCGGCAACUCUCAUCGUCACAGGGUAAAGAUGCAGACACCAGCGCAGUCGAUCAUCCACAGCGGCUAUUUCCACCCGACACUCCGAUACUGGCAGACCUGUGUCGCCGAUUUAAGACCUGACAAUCUCAUCUACCCGAUCUUCAUCACAGACAGUCCAGAUGCAGUGGAGCCCAUCGGCAGCCUGCCGGGACAGGCCAGAUACGGGGUGAACAAGCUGGAGGGCAUGUUGCGGCCGCUCGUGGAGAACGGCUUGAAAUGUGUGCUGAUUUUUGGUGUCCCUGCAAAAAUAGCAAAGGACGACAGGGGUUCAGGUGCCGACACAGACGACACGCCGGCUGUACUGGCAGUGAAGAAGAUCAGAUCUUUGUUCCCGGAGCUGCUGGUGGCGUGCGAUGUCUGCCUGUGUCCCUACACGUCACACGGGCACUGUGGUAUCCUGAACGAUGACGGCACUCUGAACAAUGACGCCAGCUGCCUGCGCUUGGCAGAAGUGGCGCUGGCCUACGCUCGAGCCGGCUGUCACAUCAUCGCUCCCUCGGACAUGAUGGAUGGAAGAGUCAGAGCCAUAAAACAAGCCCUGAUAUCCAAUGGUUUGGGAAACAAGGCUUCAGUGCUGAGCUACAGUGCAAAGUUUGCCUCUUGUUAUUACGGUCCUUUCAGAGAUGCUGCCCAGUCCAAACCGGCGUUUGGGGACAGACGCUGCUAUCAGCUGCCUCCUGGAGCGAGGGGACUCGCCGUUCGAGCUGUGGAGCGAGAUGUCAGAGAAGGAGCUGACAUGCUGAUGGUGAAACCAGGUCUGCCGUAUCUGGACAUCGUGAGAGAAGUCAAGGACAAGUUCCCCACUCACCCCCUGGCGGUGUACAACGUGUCGGGGGAGUUUGCCAUGAUGUGGCAUGGAGCGCAGGCCGGAGCGUUCGACCUGCGGGCCGCCGUGAUGGAGGCCAUGACUGCUUUCCGCAGGGCAGGUGCUGACAUCAUCAUCACCUAUUACACCCCUCAGCUGCUCAGCUGGCUGAAGGAGUAAAGAAUGGAGAUCUGGGGCCAAAGGACGGGCAGACAUAGAGACGGAGCAGCAGACAGACUCCUUUUGUUGAUUCAGUCAUGCUAACAAAGAGCACUAAGGGAAAUAAAAUGUGUAAAAACAAGUAACCUGUUUAUUUUCACGCCUUCACUUUGCCUUUUCUGUCCAAUUUUGAGAUAACAAUUCACAUGGCGGGAUGCACAUGUUAUCUGUGUGUCAGGUAGAUUUGCAGCAGUGAUUAUUUUAAAAGAGAGUCCUGUAUCCAUGUUAUAUUUUCAGUUUUUAAAGGGCUAAUAUGGAGUUGAACACUGAGAAUGUAAGUUUUCUCGCAGGAACUGUCUCCUGUGUGUCACUGGGAUCAGCAUUAAAUGAAGUCAGUCAUCUCUCUGAACUAAUGUCAUUAUGGAAUGUAUAUUUGUAUGAAUCGUGGCCACACAAAUGUCUGAGAUAUAUAUAUAUAUGUGACUGCUGCCUCAGAUUAAGCACUGUCAUCAAACAAGCUCUUCUUGACCAGAUGAAAUAAAAUCAUUCCUUCAGA